AAAUAAAAUAAAACAAUGGAAGACUUGCAAAAUAAUUCUUUAGCUAAUGUUUUGCCAGUGGUCAAUUUUCAAUCAGAUGACUUAAUCGAAAAGUUAAAACUUUUAAAUUAUGAGAAAACAUUAUUGAGUGAUUUGAAAAUGAAACCAUUGUCACGUUUCUACUUUGUGAAAUCUACAAAUCCAGGUGAACAAUUUUACAUGUUUACGUUGACUUGCUGGUGGCUUUGUCAAAAGUUGGGUAAAAACAUGGAACGUCCACAGGAAUACGAUGAUCCAAAUGAUGUUAUUUCGAAAAUUAUUGCAAUUCUAGAACAAAUGGAUGUUACUAUAGAUUUUACCUCAAAUAAACUUAUACGUGGUGCUGGUCAAAAUUGUAUCUUUGUACUGGACACAUUGGCUACGCAGGCCUUAAAGAUCAUGAGAUUAUCAUGUCAGAAACUGCAUAUAGCCCAAGAAGAUGAAAUUGCCAAUGAUUAUCUGGAAGAUAAUGCCGAAAUUAUACUCGAAAAAAUAGAAGAUGAACAGAACGAUGCUCUGAGUGAUGACAAUAGUGAAAUGGAUUUAAAUCAAAAUUCCUUAAGGCAGUGGGGUCUAAAAAGGCAGCAUCACUUGCCAGAACAUGAAAAUACUAGUGUGGGUGGAAACAGUUUACAAGUGACUGACAAGCUGACGGAUCAACAAACAUGGCGUUUGGAAUUUGAAGAAGUGAUGCCUCAACUAAAGGUUUAUGUAAGAAGUGAUGUAAGAGAUUGGCGGGCCCAUUUAAAUCAAAUGAAUAGCCUGAAAGAUAAUAUAACUGAGUUUACAGAAGACACACAAAUUGAGUUAAAAAAACUGCACAGCGAAUUCACUUUCAGUUUGGACAAGAUCGAGAGUCGUGAAAAACAUUUGAACAAUGAAUUACACAAUCUAAUUAUGCAAUACAAAGAUGUAUCCAUUGAAUUGUCAAAUGUACAAUAUGCCCAUACUCAGGUGCUGGAGGAAACCGAACGUUCUAUGGAUCAACUAAAGUCGGUUAUUGCUGAAAAUGAAAGUAAAAAGGCUGAAAUGGAAAGGAGAGGUCAAAUGAUGUCCGAUAGCAGUUUUGUGUUGCAGAUUAAAAAGGCGGUGUCUAAAAUUAAAGAUGAUGUGGCUCAUUUGAAUUUAGAGGUGGCUUUAUUAAUAAAUGGCAUUGAUCGUGAUAUUUUAAAAAGAACUGGUCCGGGCAUUGAAAUGGAAAAGUUCAUAUAAAACA